AUGACCAACUCGUGCUGCUCCCCUUGCUGCCAGCCUACGUGCUGCCGGACCACCUGCUGCCAGCCCACCUGCUGCCAGCCCACAUGCUGUGGGUCGAGCGGCUGUGGGUCCAGCUGCUGCCAGCCUUGCUGCCACCCAACUUGCUGUCAGACCACUUGCUGCAGGACCACCUGCUGCCAGCCCACAUGCUGUGGGUCGAGCGGCUGUGGGUCCAGCUGCUGCCAGCCUUGCUGCCGCCCAACUUGCUGUCAGACCACCUGCUGCAGGACCACCUGCUGUCAGCCCAGUUGCUGUGGGUCCAGCAGCUGUGGACAAAACUGCUGUGGGUCUAGCGGCUGUGGGUUCAGCUGCUGCCAGCCUCGCUGCCGCCCAACUUGCUGUCACACCACCUACUGCCAGCCUUGCUGCUGCGGGUCCAGCUGCUGUCAGCCUUGCUGCUGCAGNAGCUGCUGCCAGCCUUGCUGCCGCCCAACUUGCUGUCAGACCACCUGCUGCAGGACCACCUGCUGUCAGCCCAGCUGCUGUGUGUCCAGCUGCUGCCAGCCCAGUUGCUGUGGGUCCAGCGGCUGUGGGUCUAGUGGCUGUGGCUCCAGCUGCUGCCAGCCAGUUUUCUGUACACCCGUGUACUGCACGAGAACCUGCUACCACCCCACCUGCUGCUGCCUGCCUGGGUGCCUGGCCCAGGGCUGUGGAUCCAGCUGCUGCCAGCCUUUCUGCUGCUGA